GUAGACAGCUAGGCAACAGCAAGCACCUAAGGUUGCCUUUGAGAUCAAUUGCUUUCUAUUUUAACCUGUUAACCGUAUCCAAUUAGGCCACCAUUCGUCUCCGUUUCUUCCUGAAUUUUCACUCUUUGUUUUAUUUCAUUUCAUUUUCAAUUAAUCUUGACUAAUAUACGUUUUUUUCCCAGCAGAUCUUAAUCUUUAUCUGUUAAUUCAUCUCUAUUUUUCGUUUCUAGGUUUUAAUUCUCAAAGGUUCAAAUUUUUAGUUAAUUUUGAUCUGACAAUGAAUGAAUUGUAGAUGCAAAAUUUCAUGUAUUGAGUGAUUAACAAGGGCUGAAAAAUCAGCUCUUAUUUGUUGAUUGGACAGCGGAGACUCGGCGCUACGCCGUCAAUGCUCAAUUAGUGAAAAACAUGGGCACGGUUGAUGUGAUCAAAUGUUGCCUCGAUUCCAUCAGACAAAUAUCAGAUGAUAUUAAAGAUGCCAUUAUUUACUUAGAUGCUGGAAGUACUGAGAGUUUUCAGUUUAUUGGGGCAUUCCCUUUGUUUCUGGAGCUCGGUGCUCGUGCGGUUUGCAGCUUGGAGAAUAUGUCCAUUCUUGAUGGGGUUGUUGACUGGAACACAACUUUUGAUCCUGCGAGGAGGAUUAGGACACUUUUCUCAGGGAAACGUUGUUGACUGGAACACAACUUUUGAUCCUGCGAGGAGGGUUGUGGUCAUUACAUCGUGCCUUCUGAGUGACGCGCAUCGAUAUAUUUUACGCUGCCUGAGCAAACUUCAAACUGUUCGCCACUGUGUUAUAUUUACAUCUAUUUCAGAGGUGGCUCACUCAGCAUAUCCUGAUUCUCCUCUAGGCCUUGAUGCAUUUCGUGAAUAUAAAUCUUUGCUCCUUCAAGAUUAUGAGGAGCAUGCUAAGAAAUGCCCGACGAAUUCCAGAGAGCCAGGCAGCACUGAAUUCACGGAAAGUAUUGUUCCUGAAGAAGAAGGCUGGUCACAACUAUCGUCAAUUGAAGAUGAUGUUUCUGCCUUGGAUGACAAUUCAGAUGCAAGAGUGUCAUGCAAAGAUGAUUCAAUUGUUCAGUCAGAAGAUGCAGGACAAAAGUUGAUUGUUUUUGUGCUUCACUUCCCUUUGAUUCUAUGUCCUUUGUCCCCACGAGUCUUUGUCUUACCUUCAGAAGGAUCAGUUGCUGAAGCCUGCUUAUCUACUGAGCAUGAGAAUUCCAUAAGCUAUGGCUUGCCUCCAUUAAGUACAGGGACACCUACCGAUGCUGAUGACAUUUCUCCUGGAGCAACCCUUACUGCUCAAUUUAUUUAUGAUUUGGCCUUGAAGAUGGAUCUGAAACUUGAAAUAUUUUCUCUCGGCGAUUUUUCGAAAACUGUAGGAAAACUUUUGACUGACAUGUCUAGUCUUUAUGAUGUUGGUCGUCGUAAACGAUCAGCUGGGCUUUUACUAAUUGACCGCUCACUUGAUCUGCUUACUCCUUGCUGUCAUGGGGACUCACUGGUGGAUCGCAUCUUCUCAUCUCUGCCUCGUAGACAACGGACAAAAUCUUUAAAUCAUGUGAGAGCCUCCCAAAGCCAACUUAUAAAGGGCCCUGUUAAACUAGAGCGUGCUCCUCUUGAUGUUCAGAUUCCACUAGAAAAUAUUGUCAGGGAAGAAGAGUCCAAAAACAGUAAUUUCCAGCUUUUAGAAAGUAUACAGGCAUUUUUGCAUGGGUGGAAUACUACUGCCUUGGAUACUAAAGUUGUUGAGUUGGUGAAAUUCAGUGAUAGACUGAAAGAUGAAAAUUCUUUGCAACAUUCUGAGAGUGAGAUACUCCAUGGAUCUUUUGUUUCUGCAGAAAAAUUUGAUGGAACACCAUAUCUCGAAGCAAUACUUCAGCGGAGGACAAAGGAUGGGUCAAUUUUGAUAAAAAAAUGGCUGCAAGAAAGCUUAAGUCAAGAAAAAAUAUCUCUGGAUACGAAAAUUCAUCCUGGUUUUCCGUCAAAUUUAGAAUUGCAAAAUCUGGUUAAGCCACUGGCUAAACGGCGGUUAUCUUUAGUGAAAAAUAAAGGAAUCGUUCAGCUAGCUGCAGCCACAAUACAUGCUUUAGAUGAACAACAUACUGCUAGUUGGGAUGCAUUUAGUAGCGCAGAAAAGAUACUGCAUGUAAAUGCUGGAGACACAAGCCAAAGCCUUGCUGCUCAAAUUAGUGACCUCAUUAAUAAGAGUGCUUUUGUGGGUCCUCAAGCACAGAAGCACAACAAAACGGAGGCCUCCCAAGGAUUAGUUACUCUUCAAGAUGCGCUGCUUCUGACCAUUAUUGGAUAUAUAUUGGCUGGUGAAAAUUUCCCAACUUCUGGUUCUGGUGGUCCUUUUUCUUGGCAAGAGGAGCAUUUCAUGAAAGAAGCUAUUGUAGAUGCGGUUCUUGAGAACCCAGCCAUGGCAAAACUAAAAUUCCUCCGAGGUUUGUCCGAAGAGCUUGAAUCCAAUUUAAACAAGAUGAAAUCGGAUGAGAAAAAGGAAGGUCCUUCUAAUCAGUUGGAUGAUGCUGAUUUUGACGAUGAUCAGUGGGACAGUUGGGGUGAUGAAGAUGCUGAUAAAGAUACAAACAAAGAGCAAGCAUUUAGUGAUGUGCAGCUGAAGCUAGAGCUUCGAGAUAGGGUGGACAAUCUUUUCAAAUUCCUCCACAAGUUAUCCAGCUCAAAGGGAAAUACACCUCUUAGAGAGGGGAUAUCGUUCAACUAUGAUACAUAUUCAAGUAAAACAUUGCUUAGUAAACUUCUAACAAGGGUAUUGAGCAAGCUUGACGUACCUGGCUUAGAGUACCAUUCCUCAACUGUUGGACGACUUUUUAAAAGUGGGUUCGGCCGGUUUGGCAUUGGACAGGCUAAACGGAGUCUUGCAGACCAGAAUGUUAUUCUGGUCUUUGUUAUAGGAGGCAUCAAUGGUCUUGAGGUACGGGAAGCUCAGGAGGCAUUGAUCGAGAACGGCAGGCCCGAUAUUGAAUUAAUCAUCGGUGGAACAACUUUUCUAACCCCGAACGACAUGCGUGAAUUACUUUUGGGCGACUCUAGUUGUAUUUAAGCUUACCUGUGUUAUGUGUGGCUUUUAGCUGCAAAUGUAGGUGUAAACAUGCUUCUUCAUGCUAUGAAGUGAUAUCCAACUUGUCAUUCUUUUUCCUAUGGACUUGGUUGGGUAAAAUACUACUACUAAUUUUGACCUUUAACAACACACUGAUAGCAUUUUUAUUGUAUUUUUUUUUCUUUGUUUGGAAUGAUGAACAUGUUUCUUAUUUACGGAUUUAUCCAAUGAGAUCUUAUCA